GGAGGAACACAGUGUUUGAGGCGGACAGCGAGUGAACACUGGAUGGUGGAUGCACCUCUGAGAGACUUAACACGGCUGGAAGUUUCUGUCCAACUCCUGAGGUACAGAACUACAACUUUUGACUCCUAUUUCAUUUCUGAAAACUCAAUCCCAGGUCAGAAUAAGUCUUUCUUUGCAUGGCUUUUAAUACCCGAGUAAUGGGACUGGUGCUUGUGCGCAAUUACGCACAGACCAGCGAUCUGAGCUCUAUUGAGUUGCUGCUCAAGAAGGGAAAAACCACUUACUUGAAAAGCAUCAGUGGCAUUAUUGAUCUAAUUUGUUUGCUUUCUUUUUGUGUUUACUUGUCACAGGGAUCGGGUGAAGAAUGGAGUGGUAUUUCCUGGUGCUGAUGCUGAGCUUGCCGUCCUCCAUCCACGCAGAUUGCUCUUCCCAGUGUCAGAAAUGCGCGCAGGAGAUCCUCAGCUCCGAUGCCGCCUUCAGCAGCCUGGUAAGAGCACAGACUAAAGAGCUGGGCAGACUUUUUGUUCAGACCUUCUUCAUUAAAUGUCAAAUUACGCAGAAAAAAGUCUAAUUUGCUUUUGAGGUUGCUUUUAUUUAUUUCCUUUUUAUAAUUCUUGAGCGUUAGAGACCGGAUUUUGAGAGCCCAAAAAGAGACCCAACCGACAAAAAUUUUUAAAUGUACGUGCGUAAAAUGUAAAAUCUUUUGUUUUAAUCGUUCAUUCAGCGUGACGAUUCAAGAUUUGGAAAAGCAGAUGAAAUGAUUUAGCACUGACAGGAUUUCUAGAGGGAGAAUUUGAUCAAACCGGGGUUCCCGAAGUGCUCUGAUUUGUUCAAAUUGCUCUAAAAGUGAUAAAAAGUAGAGUUCUGGAAACAAUUACCCGGCUGAGUGUGGAUGCUUGUUGAUCUCACCUUAAUUUUCUUUCUCUGUGUGUCCUCCUGCAGUCGUGCAGCGCGGAUUGUGAAGGGCAGCUGGAGAGCUGCGGUCGGGCUCCGGCUCCUGCGCUGGCGGACUUCAGCCAGGACGAAGCUGCGGAGGAGGAGGAGAGCCAGCAGGCGGACCUGGUCAAGCGCUACGGAGGCUUCAUUAAGAGGAUCGACAAGAACAAGAACAAAAUCUUCAGCUCUCCGUGGCGCGAAAACUACAUCACGAAAGGUGGGGUGCUGCCCAAAAAGUAUGAGGACUUGUUGAAGAGGCUGGAAGAGAGAGACGCACAGGAGGACGUAGACGACGCGGAUGAUCAGAUGCUCCACAGUUACGCUAAACGAUACGGGGGUUUUUUACGCAAAUUUGGCCAAAAGUCAAAGAGGAGUAACUCCGCAGAACAGGAGAGCCAGGAGCCCGAGGAGCUGCAGAAGCGCUACGGGGGCUUCCUGAGGAGGGUCCGGCCAAAGUUGAACAACCUGAAGUGGGACAAGAGGUACGGAGGUUUCCUGCGCCGACACUUCAAAAUCUCAGUGCGCUCAGUGGAGGAGCCCUAUUACUCCUAUGAUGAUGUGAGCCUAUAGACGGACCUGCGGGAGGAGAAAAACUAAAAAGAACUGAUGCAGGUUCACUCCCCCAAAAAUGCCAACAUUUAUCCAAAAAGUCUCAUCUGCCUGCCUCCUGCGUGUAUCGGCUGCCUUCAGUGUAAAGAACUCCAUCUCUGUGUUUCUGACAUCCCGUCUGUCAUUCAAUAAAAGAUGCUUGUUUAAUAAAACCAUGAAGUGAAA